UAUACACUUAUACACACGCGCACGCACAUUCGCCGCACACACGCGCACUUCCUGAGAGUGAUAUGAUUACUAUUAAUAGACCGGUGGCCUCGAUCGUUGCCGCCGCCGACGAGUGCAUCCAGUUCUUGAUAACGGGGCGGCGCAACGGCGGUAAACAAGAUGCGACGCCAUCUGUCGGCCGGUUCGGCAUCGUACGUCUCGUCGUGAAAUUUUCCGGCGAGAUUUUUCAAUGGGACUGCCGGACCGGUCACCAGCAUCGGACGCGACGACCACGGGCGAAUGCGAUUGAAAGUGUACAUUUUCUUUUUUUGCCAACCGAUACCAGCCUUUUCCAUCAAAAGCGUGUCUUUCCCUUUUCUACCAGACGAGGAGAUAGCGACAACACGUUUCCACCAGAACGUCCAGAACAAUCUUUUAAGUUUUUACUAUUUAAAGCUGGAAUACAGUUCCUAGUAUAUUAAAUAUUAUAUUAUAUAUGAAGGCCCAAUCCAAAAUAUGUUAAAGCUGAAACAGACAAAAGAUUCAGUAAAUUAACAUUUUUUUUAAAAGUUACAACAAUUAAAAGUAGUAAGAAAAUGACUUCGAAAUAAUUUAAUCAAAUAAGGAUGAUGGGCCUUUGUUGGCCAGCUUCAUCACAAAGGAUUGUUUUUUUGAAAACGUGUACAUGCAGGACAAAUGGAAAUG